AUGGAUUGGGAUAGCGUAGCUGCUUCGGAUGUGAUCGAGGCGCUAAGAGAGGUUGAAUGGUCGACGCGUCCUCGUUCUUUCCCCGAGUUCUUCUCCAGAUUCGCCUUCCCUCUCUCUCUCACUAAAUGGAUGAGUCGUCUCAAAUGCAAUCUCUACUACUAUAGGACGAAUUACUUCUUACUGUUGAUUUUCGUUCUGGGUCUUGCACUUAUCACGAGACCUCUGGCUAUUCUUGGUGCUGCUUUAACAGCCUUAAGCUUAGCUUUCCUAAACGACAGCUUUGCAGCUACUUUUAAUGAGAAGAUGAUCCGGAUAAUUAGGCUUUUCUCCCCACAUUUAGCUGCAAAGAUGAGACCUCCCCACAUGCCAGUCAUUCGUGGGAGAUCUGCAACUAGAAAGAAGGUUUACGUUUGUGGCCAACCACGUUUGGUAUUUGUCUUGCUUGGCUUAACCGCAAGCUUUGUCUUGUGGUUUACUUCUUGCGGUUUGUUAUGGGUCCUUUAUGCAUUUGCCACUGCCCUUCUCAUGAUCAUUCUUCAUGCAAGCCUGAGAACUCCAAACCUCAAGGCACGCUUGAACACAUUCCGUGAAGAAUUCAGGGCUGUUUGGCGUAAUUACAGUGAACUUUAAGUCAACAAGAAGCCUUCAUUCUUGAAGCAAAGCCAAGCGUGGAUAUCACGUUUUCAAACUUUUCAAGUAAUGUGUGUGCAAACAACAAUCGCAGCGAUUCUUAUCUUCUAGUCAGCUAGUAAAUGUAAGGCCAUUUCUCUGAUGGCAGAUGCGCCCACAAAGUUGAAAUGACAGUCAGAAUAUAGGUGUUGUGUUCUUUAGGUUCCUUGUAAUGAUGUUAGAUCAUCACCAAUUCCGUUGUAGUUGAUGGGUUCCAUAAUGUUUACUCUCUUUACAGUAUGUUAGUGAUUCAGUUUUUGCAAUAUCUUCUUUUGCUUCUUCUACAAAGCUUUAACUUUUUGAUAGAAUUGUGGCAUAGUGGACUUAUUAUUGUGUUACAAUACUUGACAGACGAAAUACGAGUGGCAUUGGC